AAUAUGUAGUAAAUCAGUAAGGAAAAGGAAAAUCAAAUCCAAUAAGCUAUGGACUUAGAAAAAGAUGUAAUAAGUACAUUAGGCAAAGUGAGAUAAUAUGAAGCUUCAAUUAAUUCACUCAAAAGAAACAUAUAGAAAUGCAACAUUACUUUGAAGGAAUUAGGCAGUAUUGAUUAAUAGAAGACAUACUAACCUGUUGGUCGAUGGUAUCAUAGUUUAAAUUUAUUUUUUUAGCUUUAUUUUAAAACCCAAAGCAGAUAUUGUGAACGAAGUUAAUGAAAAUAUCAAAUCUCAUGAGAAAGACAUAGAUGAAUAUGAAAAGGUUAGGUAGCAUCUAAUUACAAAAGGGAAGGAGAAAGAAACCUAAUUGCAAGAAGCAAUGAAAUCAUUAAAAAUUUGAAAUUUUAAUAUAUU